CUUUCCUCUCGUAUUUGGUCUUAGUUGAUAAUUUGAUUAACUAGUUAGUUGUAAUGAAUUGAAGUAUGGAAAUACGUGUCCAAAAUGACUGAGGGUUAAAUCAAUUGGGAAAUUCAUUUUAUAAUAAUAUUUUGUAUAGUUUUAGGAACUUGUACACCAAAGGUUGUUAUUGAGUCAGCAAUGGAUGAAGAUUUAUCAAACUCUGGAACUAAAAAUAAAGGAGCUGUGUCUCAAGCAUGGACUAGAUUAUCCCAGUGGUACCAAGGAGUGGUGGACAGGACAGUUCCCUGGCAAAAGGGCCGAUGGUUGGCCGCAUUUUUUCUUAUUCUCGGAUUCUUGGCUAGAGUUGUUUUCGCUCAGGGAUGGUAUAUUGUCACAUAUGCCCUUGGAAUCUAUCAUUUGAAUUUGUUCAUAGCAUUUCUAACACCAAAAAUCGAUCCAGCCAUGGAUUUUGAUGCUGAAGAUAAUGGUCCAGAAUUACCAACUAGAGCAAAUGAGGAAUUCAGACCGUUCAUAAGAAGGUUGCCGGAGUUUAAGUUCUGGUACUCUGUAACAAGAAGUACGGUCAUAGGAUUUAUUUGUACCUUCUUUGAAUGUUUCAACAUUCCAGUAUUUUGGCCGAUAUUAGUAAUGUACUUCAUUACCCUGUUUUGUAUAACUAUGAAGAGGCAAAUAAAGCAUAUGAUCAAGUAUAGAUACUUACCAUUCACUCAUGGGAAACCAAAGUAUCAAGGCCAUGAAGACCAAGGCAAAGUCAUUAUUUCGAAGUGAGAGCAAGCAGUGCUCUAAAGUAUUUGACAAUUUUUUUAAAUGAAAUAACUUAUGAAACAUCUACUUAUGACAUGCCUUGAAUAAUGUAUCUAACUUUUCUUCUCUAUAAUGUUGAUGUUAUGAAAAUGUACUUUUUGAAGGGUGUAGAUAAAGAUGAAUAUACCAGAUAUUUGAGUUAUGUCAUACCGUUAAUGUUCAUAGUUUUAACCUGUAAACAAAAUAGAGUGGCAACAACGAGCCAGCCAGAAAACUCAAAUAUUUUGUCAUAAAUUUUUGCAUCAUACAUUUUCAAUUAGCUGCAAAUCUUGUGUAUAUGUUUAUAUGUAGAAAAUAUCUAAUUCAAGUCUAAAAAAAAUUAUUUCCUUAUAACAUCAUCAGAUAGGUAAUUAUUUGUUUUUUUCUAAUUUACCACUUGUAUGUUUUUUAUUUCCAAAUAAAUCGUUGUUCCUUA